AUCCAAAAAGGAAAAAAAACCCUAAAAGAAGCAGUGAGUGUAGUGCCGCAUGCGUUUCGUUCAUGCUCUCAAUACGUGCGCACUUACCCUUCGCCGCCGCGUAAUCUUCACGCAUUUCCCCCUCACUUGUUCACUCCUUAAAUCCUACAUCGGAGCUCCUCAUUUUUCCGUUUACGGUGCAAUGGCCGCCGCCGACGAAGACUCACUUCGCAGAGCACUUGCUCAGAAACAAUCGAGUAUCGAUGUCCAGGGCGGCGCUGUUCGUCAAUUGAAGUCGUCAGGUGCUUCCAAGCCGGAUAUCGACGCCGCCGUUCAAGCUUUGAAUGCUUUGAAGCUUGAGAAAGCAUCUAUUGAGAGCCAGCUUCAAGCUGCUCUUGCUGGUGCUGCCAGCGGCGGUUCGUCGUCUGCAAGUAGAGAUGCGUUUCGUCAGGCUGUUGUUAACACUCUCGAGCGACGGUUGUUUUACAUUCCGUCUUUUAAAAUCUAUCGAGGUGUUGCUGGCCUUUAUGAUUACGGUCCUCCUGGCUGUUCUGUCAAGUCAAAUGUACUCGCUUUUUGGCGUCAGCAUUUUGUUUUGGAGGAGAACAUGUUGGAAGUUGACUGUCCAUGUGUGACCCCUGAGGUUGUCCUAAAGGCAUCAGGUCACGUUGAAAAGUUCACUGAUCUUAUGGUUAAGGAUGAGAAGACUGGAACAUGUUAUCGUGCUGAUCAUUUGCUCAAGGAUUAUUGUAAAGAAAAGCUUGAGAAGGACUUCAGCCUGUCUGCGGAAAAGGCUGCAGAAUUGAAGCACAUUCUUGCUGUCUUGGAUGAUCUCUCUGCUGAGCUGCUUGGUGCCAAGAUAAAGGAAUAUGGUAUAACUGCACCUGAUACAAAGAAUUCACUUUCUGAUCCUUAUCCAUUCAAUCUAAUGUUUCAGACAUCUAUUGGUCCAUCUGGUGUGAGCCCAGGGUAUAUGCGUCCUGAAACAGCGCAAGGCAUCUUUGUUAAUUUCAGAGAUCUAUACUAUUAUAAUGGCAACAAGCUUCCUUUUGCUGCUGCUCAAAUUGGUCAGGCUUUUAGAAAUGAGAUAUCUCCCCGGCAAGGUCUUCUCAGAGUCCGUGAGUUCACUCUGGCAGAAAUCGAACAUUUUGUUGAUCCCCAAGACAAAUCUCAUCCAAAAUUUUCAGACGUUGCAAAAUUGGAGUUUCUAAUGUUUCCUAGAGAUGACCAAGUGUCUGGACAGUGUGCGAAGAAACUACAGCUUGGUGAAGCUGUUUCUCAAGGAACUGUCAAUAAUGAAACACUUGGAUACUUUAUUGGGAGGGUUUAUCUUUUCCUAACGCGACUUGGAAUUGACAAAGACCGUCUGCGUUUCCGUCAGCAUCUUGCAAAUGAGAUGGCUCACUAUGCUGCAGAUUGUUGGGAUGCCGAAAUUGAGAGUUCUUACGGUUGGAUUGAAUGUGUUGGUAUUGCUGAUAGAUCUGCAUAUGAUUUGCGUGCCCAUUCGGAAAAAAGUUCUGUAGCUCUUGUCGCUCAAGAGAAAUACUCAGAACCAAGAGAAGUAGAGAAACUGGUCAUAACACCAAUCAAGAAGGAGCUUGGACUUGCAUUCAAGGGAAACCAAAAAAUGGUGACUGAAGCCUUGGAGGCAAUGGAAGAAAAGGUAGCUAUGGAGAUGAAGGCGGAUCUGGAAUCCAAGGGGGAGGUAGAGUUCCAUGUAUGUACCCUCGGGAAGAAUGUCACUAUUAAAAAAAACAUGGUCUCUAUUUCCAAGGAAAGAAAGAAAGAGCACCAGAGAGUGUUUACACCUUCUGUGAUUGAGCCCUCGUUUGGAAUUGGGCGGAUAAUAUAUUGUCUUUAUGAGCAUUCGUUCUACACAAGGCCAAGUAAAGCUGGGGAUGAGCAGCUAAAUGUCUUCAGCUUCCCACCUCUUGUGGCUCCCAUCAAAUGCACUGUUUUUCCACUGGUUCAGAAUCAAAAAUAUGAAGAAGUAGCUAAGUUAAUCUCAAAGUCUUUGACUGCUGCUGGAAUCUCACAUAAGAUUGAUAUAACAGGUACUUCCAUAGGGAAAAGAUAUGCAAGAACAGAUGAACUUGGUGUUCCCUUUGCCAUCACUGUCGAUUCAACGUCAUCUGUGACAGUGCGAGAGAGGGAUAGCAAAGAUCAGGUCCGGGUAGACGUCGAGAAGGUGGCGUCAGUUGUGAGGGAAGUGACUGAUGGAUUGAGCUCUUGGGCAGAUGUUUUGAAGAUGUAUCCUCUACAUUCUUCAGAGACUGCAGAGGAGUGAAUGCAUUUAUACCAUUUUUAUCACUAUCAGAAACUCUUAUCCUUUGUCCUGACUUCAGGAAUUUUUGUAGACCUAUACUUCAGGAAUUUUUGUAGACCUAUUUAACUGAGACAACUUCUAGCCUAAGUAUAUUUUAACUUUUAAUUUUAAGCCCUUAAUUUUACUUA